UUUCGGUAUCUAUUUAAAAAUGGAGUCUAAUAUUUGGGAAGUGUCAUGCGCAUAUUAUUUAAUCGGGAUAUAUUUUGCUUUAGAAGAAAUUAAAAAUUGAUAUUGUUUUAGUGAAAUGAGUAUUUUUAUAUAAUUGUUAUGGAAUUAAAAUUAUAUAUAAAUGAAAUUUCAAGAUUACAUAAUCUUUUUGUUUAUGUACGAAAUUAAGUAUAGAGCACUUUAAAGGCACAAAAUUAUUCUUUUGCCUCAAUUUUCUACUUUUCUUUAAACAAGAAUGGGUACAAAAAUAUUAAAUGACAUUCACAAUGACAUGAAGCAGUUAAUAACAGCAAUUACAUCUUUUGAGGAAAAUGAAGAAGGAUUUCGAAUUUGUGAACGAUUCUGUAUGACAAAUAUUAAACAUCAUCGAUAUCUAUCUGUCAAUAGUAACAGUACAAAAGAAGCUAUUAAAGCUCUAAUUACAAAAUUUUCGAUCCAUGGAAAAUAUGAUGUAGCAAAAAAGUUUGAGGAACUUGUAGAUGCAUUUCUGUCAAGUUUUAAUUUUGAACAGCAUCCACAGUAUGAUCUGCAGUGGUAUCUAUUAACAUUGCUAUUGGAAUUAGCUAAAGAAACCUGUAAAUCUGAUUUGGAAUCUUUGGCAUUAACACGCGGAGAAUAUACUUUCAAUGUAACAGGUGAAGAUGAAAAUGAGGUUGCAGAAGAAAUUGAUUGGGCUGAAUAUUUAAAAGAAGGCCAAGAAAACUUUUUCAAUGAUUACAAAAGUGACACAGACAGUGAAUGGUCUAAUGAUACAGAAGAUAAUGUGGAUAUAGGUUCAAAUUUUGAAGUACCAAUAGACAUCUCAGAUUCAAAUAAAGCAAUAUGCAUACCAUCUGUUGAAAAAGAAUUAAAUAACUUAUCUUUAGCUCUAAAUGAAGAACUUAAAUCUAAAAAUUGGUUAUUAUCAAAUGUUCAAAACACCUGGUGGAAUGAGUUAGACUGGAGAAAAUAUCCAGUUAAAAGCAGAUUUUCUGAUGCUCAUCUUUGUGAAAUUUGGCAUAAAGCAAAUGGCAGAGAUCUUUAUACACUUGGAACUCUUAGCGAAUAUCUAGUAUGCAGAGAAUUGUUAUGGAUGUUCUAUGCUCCAAUGCAAAUGGUAGUGUUUCAACAAAAUGAAGAAACAGGGUUUUUUAUUCGUCCUGAUAUAUCAAUACCUAGUUUAACUACUGCUGCAUUUAAUAGUAUUCUUUUACCAUUUUGUAAGUAUUUUUCGAUGAUACAUGAUUUAGAACAAUUUGGAAUUAGAUUGUAUUCUAUGGAAGAUGAUUUUUGUAAAAAGCCACCUUUAACAUAUGAAACUUACAAUGCAAUUCUGAGACAACAUUUGAUGAAAUUUAGGAAGAAAAUAAUUGCUAUAGAAAAAUCUCUUAUGAAACAAGAUGGCAAUUUAACGUUUCUGUCUUUAUCAUCAAUCCUUAAAAAAAAUUUAUAUAAUAUACAAAUUUUACAUGAAGUUCAUAAAAGGUCAGUAUUAAAUUGGAAACUUCAUCCAAACUGGAAGUGUGCAUCUAAAUUACUAUCAUCUUUGUAUUUUGAAAUACAAAACUCACACAAUAUAGAAAGAACAAAUAUUUGUACUAGUUUAUAUUUAUCUAGCCUUACUGUUUAUUUAAAUAUAAUUGAUACAUGGUUAAGUGAUGGACGUUUUGAAGAUUGGAGGGAAGAAUUUAUAAUUGCAAGGUUAUCAAGCAAUGCAGUUUCAGAAAGUAGCAUACAGUAUGAAACAUUGUUUUUGAGACCUUUGGAUAGUAUAUGUUUAAGAGAUCCAAUCAUGCAAUUCUUGAUAAGGAAGAUACAACAUAUAGGACAAAGUAUUGAAUUGUUAGUAUCUCUAGAUCGAAUUACAGAUAUAUGGAGAAUUAAUGUUGGAGGAAAUGAAUUGAAGAGAUCUUUGGUGGAUGAAUUUUAUGGCAAAUUAGAAGUAGAAAUUUCUAAAUAUAGUACAGAUGAACAAAAAGAAGAAAAGAAAGUAUCUUCAUCUCAGAAAAAAGAAGUUACUAAGAAUGAGUAUGAUGAGGAUAUGGAAAAAAACAUUAUAAAACAAUUAUCUGAAUUUAAUAAUCCAUUUUUAUUAAAAGCUUUAGAAGAAUAUCUCCCUUCUGAAUUGUUAAAAAAAAGUAAUACUGAUGAUGCUGAGGUUUCCAAGAUUCAAAAUAUCAAAAUGGAAACUAAUAUUUUCAAAAGGCUUGAAAGAGAAUCAAAUUAUAUAUUACCAUUCAGAAAAAUAUUAGAAAAUAUUCUAGCAGAAAUUUUGAUUUCACGAUAUAAUGGUGCCAGCAAAUUAGUCAAAAAUAUUAUGUGUGAGGAAUAUAAAUUGGAAUCACAUUUAACAUUAAUGAGAUCUGUCUAUAUGAUGGAAGCAGGUCAUAUUAUGAACAAAUUUUACCAAAGAUUGUUUCAUGAGAUUGAAACUAAUCAAAUGUGGAAUAAUUCAUAUUUUCUAUCAUGUAUACUUGAAGAAGUCCUUUCUCAAUGGUGGGCAGAUUUAAGUUCACGUUGGUCUAUUACAGUUUCUAGCACUCAUACAAAUCAAGUAUUAAUGGCUGUUGAUAAUAUAACAUUGCAUUAUACAAUUGGCUGGCCUAUAAAUAUUGUAUUAAAUGAGAAAACCUUCAUCAAAUAUAAUGAAAUAUUUAGAUUUCAGUUAAAAUUAAAAUGGGCUUUAUGGACAUUAAAUAAUUUAAGAUUUAGCGACUUAGAAGGUUCGAAAUCAAUGUGUAAAAGGAAUAAAUUAGAACAGUUUCAUAUAAGGCGUAUUGAAAGCCUACGAUUCUGCUUGUUACAUGCAAUUACUUCAGUACAUACUUAUUUAUCAGGUCAAGUAUUACAAAAUUUAAGUCUUAUGUUAGAAAAAUCUUUAACACAAGCUGAGAGUUUGGACACAAUUAUAUCAGUUCAUAAUGAAUAUUUAAAAAAAGUUUAUGAACAUUGUUUAUUAACUUCAGAGUAUGAAGAUUUAAUGGCAACAAUAAAUAAUUUAAUUGAAAUGUGUAAUCAUAUCCGAGUUCGAUGGAAUUAUAAAAAAUUAACAUUUGCCAGUGAAGAAUUAGAUGUGUUAGAAAGCAGCUAUAAUAAAUAUCACAUGUACCUUGCUUUAGCCCUACAUAAUGCAGUUCAGAAUAAGGAUGCAAAUUAUUUGACUGGCUUAAGCUCUGCAUUUAAUUGCAGUAUGUCAUAUACCCAACAGUAAAAUAUUUUCAAAUUUUUUAUAUCCAAUAAUAAUUCUAUAGAAAAUAACAUUAUAACAAAUUGCAUUAUUACAAAUCUUCUUUUUAAUCUAAAUUUUGCGCUAAAUCUUUGAUUAACAAAAAUACUAUCAAUAUAUUGCUCUUACUAAUACUUUGUAAGUAAUUGUGUUAUAAUUCUUUUUAAUAAGAAAUAUAUGUAUACUUCGAAAAUCUUAAAUAUUUCAAAAUAUGUAUUACAAUUUAUGGAAUUUUAUUGAAAUAUUUAUGAAAAUUGCAAUAUCAUAUGUUCUGUUACAUAAUUUGUACAUUAAAAGUAUAUCAAUUUAUACUGUAGAAUAAAAGAUCUAUUUUAAGUUUU